AUGAAGCUGAGGCAGAUAAUCAGAGGGCGGACGGGCCAAUACACUAUCAUCAAGCAACUUCACGAGAGUGUCUGGCUUGCAAUGAACCAAGAAAAGGACAGCUUCAUCGUUAAAAGCGCCAACCAUUUUCGCAUUCAUAACGAAAGAGACAUCCUCCUGCGGUUUCAGCACAAAUCUCCUCUUCUACGGCCCCUACUGGACGAGGUUCAGGACCCCGCUUCUCCAUCGGCGAUUGUUCUGAAAUAUCUGGAGGAUGAUAUCUUACAUGCUUCCAAUAGAAAACGUCUCGCCCGCACGGAAGUGAAAUACGUCGCUCAACGUGUAUUAGAGGCGUUAUCUGUUCUUCACCAAGAAGGAUUUGUUCAUACGGACAUCAAGCCAAGCAAUGUGUUAGUUAAUUACGAAAAGGGUGAAUCCAGGUUCAAAGAGGUCCAAUUAGCGGACUUCGGAAGCACACUCACAAGCCUGCUCUAUGGCGAGGGCUUCCACGUUUUUAAACCUGAUGUCCCUGUGGAUCACGAAGAUUAUGAUCUUAAGAUCCUCAUGAAGCAUCAUCGGUGUUUUGGACCGUUUCCUGCUUCGUACGAUGAGAUAGCAAACCAACAACGACGAGCAGUGCUGAUUUGGGUCACGCAAAACUGUCCUCCGGACACUAUGAGACCUUUUCAUCUCACGACCGCACAAGAGAUACGCAAUGAAGACAAGGGGUUUGUGCUUAAGGUCAUGAAACUUGACCCAAGAGAUCGGCCUUCUGCCCAGGAACUAUUAGAAGACAGUUGGUUUACUUCAGAGGAAUGA